AUGAAAUUAAUAGAUGAGAAUGAAUUGCCAAGGAGUUUCCUAAAAAUUAGCUUCGCGAUUGGGUUUAUUCUCCAUCUCUUAUCGAUCAUCAUCAGAGCCUUUAUCAUACAGAACGGUCCUAAACUUCUAUUGGGUCUAAUCCCAUAUAUGAUCAUGGAGAUAUUUUUCCUGUAUGCUUCCUCGAUGACCAUUUAUAUCAGUCAAGCUCCACUGGGAAGACCGUGGAUGCAGUUAUUUUCAAUGGUUAAUGUUCUUUCAUUUAUGACAUUGAUUGGCCUCCUUCUUACUUCUGAUGCAGUUUUUGGAGAAAAUCUUGAAGAGACUAACCUAUCAACAAUCAAAAGCUUGAUGAAGCUACUUUGCAUCACGCUUCUCUCAGGCCCGUUAAUUAGCAAUACAUCAUUUUUAGGAUUCUGCUGUAUCUCAAAACUACCAAAAGGUUGUUUUGAUUUAGUUCAGAUCCAAGAUUGCUCAUCCCCUUCUUUGAAGCAAAAAUGUAUCAGAAAUCAUGAAUUGCUCUCAGAUAGCACAGAGUACGCAACUAAUCUUUCUUCUCUCUAA